AUGAGUUUUUCCAAGAUCAAGCCGAAGUCUUACGAGGGAAAAAUGGAAGAGUGGUUGUCUGCAAUCAGCAUGAAGGUUACUGACCUGAACAGUCUGGUUCUCGACUACCUGGUCCAUGAGGGACUAGGGGAUAUUGCAGCAGAGUUUGCAAGAGAUGUUGGAUUGCCUUUUACUGCAUCUUCAUUUCUGAGCCAUAGAACACGGAUAAGAGAUGCAAUUGAAGAGGGAGAUAUCAAGAAAGCCAUAUCGAGGAUAAACGAUCUGAACACGGAGAUAAUUGAUGGGAAUAUUGAGCUGUACUAUUUCCUUAUGGAACAGAAGGCAUGCGAACAAGCACAAGCGAUAAGAAGCGAAGGAGAAAGCACAGAGGAGCAGAAGGUGUUUAUUCUCCUUGAAGAAGUUCUUGAGUUUAUACGUUCUGAGCUGUCGCCGAUUGUUGAGGAAAACCCAGCCUUGGGGCCGCACUUUGAGGACCUCCUUGAGUUUGUUGUGUUCAACUCUCGGAAAGAGGCUGUGGUGGAGAGGAGGAGGAGGUUGGCAGAGUAUAUCAACAGGAAUAUACUGGAGAAGUACGAAGUAACGGAAAACGAGCUAAAGAAAGUUCUUGACGGAAUUGUAAAGGGCGAAAGAUUGCUGACGGAGAAGUACAAGUUCCCCACAUUCAACGAGUCAUUUAUAUGA